AGUAACAGAAGCCGAGUCAGUAACAGGUGACCUGUUUCGUGCUUUUGCUAUGGCUUCAAUCGUCCAAAUUGCCAGCUUUUCUACACAGUGAGGUGAGCAGUAUGUUUAGAAAUUACUGACCUGCUUGAAUCAUGGCUGGACAAGGUGGUUUGACGAAACUUGACGUCGAUGUUUUAAGUACCGAGCAGCAAGAGAAACUCCGAGCGUUCAAGGUAAAAACGAGAAUCGACAACGAGAGCUAUUUGAGGUCACACCCGGAAGUAGAGGUUUUAAUCGGAAACUUUCUCAGAGACGUACUUCUCAAAAGACCUUCUGACAUCCGUGAGUUUGCUGCAGAUCACUUCACCAACCCUGACCUUCAGGUGGUUACUGGCUCAAACGUGGAAGGAAAAAAUGACGAGGACUGAAACACGUCCAUCCACUGUCACACUACGUCUCUUUUGUGUCUGCACAGAGUAAAACAUUCAUGGACUUAAUCUCACAAAUGUGCUUUUCCACCCUCUGUCAGUCUACAAAUUGUCCAGCUAACAGCAUUAUGUGCAGAUUGCUAUCAUACAUAUUGAGGAAGCCAGCUAAAGGGACAGAUGAUAACAGUCGUUCCUAGUGAGUGUAAUUAGAG